GUUUUGUUGUUUCGAUAAAAUUGUACACAAGAAUAAGUUUCAGUGUACAACAAGUUGAGAUGUAAACGUUAACAGAUAAUAGAGAAAUCUUAUAUAUUAAUUGUGUCACAGAGCUGACGUCAGUUUAUUAAAAGUUCAUUCAUUAGAGUGUGUUUGUCUACAUUUGGUAAUGCACUCCAAAGGUUAAAAAUAUGCCGCUCAGAAAAGUUUCCGUGACAAGCAUUAAACGCCGUGUUGGUGUAACGAACAGAACAGAGCGUAUAAUAACAUAUACAAUGUUGCUUAUGUUAGCACUUGCCAUCUGUGGUUUGUAUAAUCGAGUAAAGAAGUUAGAAAGUAGUACCAUUAGCAUGGCAACAGUGCUAAGAUACGAAUUACGCAAAAGUGGAAAAAAUUUCAAUUGGACAGAUGAUGUUGUCAGAAAGGUUCGAAAGGAAUUAAGUCCGGGUUUACAUGACGAUGUGAAAAAUCUGUUAUCGGACAGAUUCGUAGAUGGCAAGACACAACACAACAAAAUGAAAUUUGAGCUUAAAACAACCCUCGGUAGUGAUCUUUUUCCGAACAUUUAUGCACAUUUAGAGAAAAUGCUGAAAAGAGAAAAAAUUGGUAUACUGAAAGAAGUAGCCUCUGCUGGUUAUAUUGUUGAAAAGAAAUAUAGUAACCUUUGCAACACAGCUGUAAAGAUGCCUCGUGGACAGAAGGUAAUUUCAUAUUCCUUGUAUGGCAGUAACUUGUAUUAUACAAAUGCUUUGGGAGAAUUAAUCCGUGAGUUUUUAGCUAGCGACUUAUACCACAACUGGACCAUGCGUAUACAUUUUGAUAAACAUUCUAAGCUUAUUACAAAGAGCUUGGAGCCGUAUCGCAACAUUAGAAAUGUUUACUUCUGCGAUAUCAAUGCGAUAACAAAGUUUGGAAAUCUUACUGACAUUUUAGGAAAGUUUUGGCGAUUAUUACCUUUAGCCGACACAACUGUUGACACAUUUUGUUCGCGGGAUAUAGAUAAAGCGAUUUUAAAAAGGGAAGAAGACGCUGUCAGAGAAUGGUUAACUUCAAAUAAACUCGUUCACGUCAUUAGAGACUCGCCAAAGCAGACCACAGGUAUAAUCCCAGGACUGUGGUGUUUUAAAGUAGCAAUGGACAGACCUAAAGCUGAGCAAUAUUUCUCGGCCCUGUUUAAAGCAGCUAUGCUGUAUAAAUCAGGGCGUGAUUGGGAACUAUUAAAUAACGUGGUAUGGCGUAACAUAUCAAGUACUAACCAAUUUUUCAUGCAGCACGAUUCAUAUGAUUGUACCCGGCAUCCUGGUUCCAUACCUUUUCCUACGAGAAGGGAAGACAAUACUGAGUACGUAGGGUGUCGUGGAAGACCUUGUGCGUGGGAGUACAUAAAGAAAUGCCCAUUAGAAUGCCGACCAAAGACGCACCAGGAUUGGGAUUAUUGUUAGGAAAAUGUAUAUGAAAUAAACUGUUUUUAGUAAAAUAAUUAUUUUUUUGCGGAGUUAAGGCACCGGAGCCCAUUUGCCAUUAAAGUGAGCAAAAUUAUUUCUUACCAAGAGGAACUCUUUCAAAAAGUUAGUCAGAUGUCCACUUAUGACCUUUAGUCCAGUUUCGCUUUUGACUCCAGAUUAACAAGUAUUUUACCUACUGACGUAUUUCAAAAAACAUAUUAUUGAUAAAUUGUAUCUAUUUUGAUUUUGUGUACUGGGGUUGAAGUGGCUUUUCGGCCCGAAGUUUGCAAAUAAAAUUAAGAUAUUGAACGACGUUCAAACAUUCUUCGUAAGAAAGGUGGGAACAAUCUUUCUGGGUUGCAAACGAUUUUUUGCGGACAGUAUUAUAACCACGCUAUUUUAUUGGUUUCUUUUAUUGUUACUUUUUUACGAGAUUAGCUAUUAUCGGGAAAUCUAAUGUUUUGAGCAACUCACUCACUAAUAAUAAAUUCCCCUACUAUAUUAGAUGGUAAGAUGUGGUUACGCUGGCUUUACGCUCAUUGGUUGAUUUUAAUGCCAGGUUUGCUCGGAAAAUUUAUUUUAUUUAUUGGUGGAUUAGAAAUAGGAAAUUUUUUCUUAGUAAGAGAGACAUUUUGAUAUCCCAAAGAAACUUGGUUAACUACACCACAAGUGA